GCCUUAAACUCCCUAAAAUCUCCACAGCCCGGGUUCCUGCUGCGGCCGUGUGAUCAUUCAGAAUCCUCCAAGUUUGUUUCAGCUUUGAACAACUCAUAACUAGAAAGUCUCUAAUUAAUAGAAGAUGGCAAAGCCUACUCACAGCAGCUACGUCCUUCAGCAGCUAAACAACCAAAGAGAAUGGGGUUUUCUCUGUGACUGUUGUAUUGCAAUUGAUGACAUUUACUUUCAAGCACACAAAGCAGUUUUAGCUGCUUGUAGCUCCUAUUUUAGAAUGUUUUUCAUGAACCAUCAGCAUAGUACUGCACAAUUGAAUCUCAGCAACAUGAAAAUUAGUGCUGAGUGUUUUGAUCUCAUUUUGCAGUUUAUGUACCUAGGAAAGAUUAUGACAGCACCAUCUAGUUUUGAGCAGUUCAAAGUGGCAAUGAACUACCUACAGCUGUACAAUGUUCCUGACUGCUUAGAAGACAUACAGGAUGCAGAUUGUUCUAGUUCAAAAUGUUCGUCUUCUGCUUCCAGCAAGCAGAACAACAAAAUGAUUUUUGGGGUAAGAAUGUAUGAAGACACUGUGGCUAGAAAUGGCAGUGAAACGAACCGGUGGUAUACAGAACCAAGUUCAACAGUAAAUACGCCACAUAUUAGAGAGCCGGAGGAAGAAUCUAUACCAUUAGGUAAUUUUCCUGAACCACUAUUUGAUGUGUGUAAAAAGAGUUCUGUGUCCAAAUUAUCUACUCCAAAAGAACGUGUGUCACGACGCUUUGGACGGAGUUUUACCUGUGAUAGCUGUGGCUUUGGCUUCAGCUGUGAAAAACUGCUAGAUGAACACGUGCUGACCUGUACUAACAGGCAUUCAUACCAAAACUCAAGAUCCUACCACCGAAUAGUAGACAUUAGAGAGGGGAAAGACAGUAACAUCAAAGCUGAAUUUGGUGACAAGGAUUCUUCUAAACCAUUUUCUGCACAGACAGACAAGUAUAGAGGAGACACAAGCCAGGCUCCUGAUGAUUCCGCUUCAACCACUGGCACCAGAAAAAGUAGCACAGUGGAGUCUGAAGUAGUCAGUGAAGAAAAAAGCAGAGCAGCUGAAAGGAAAAGAAUCAUUAUCAAGAUGGAACCUGAAGAUAUUCCUACUGAUGAGCUGAAAGACUAUAACAUUAUUAAAGUUAAUGAUAAAGACUGUAAUGAAUCCACUGACAAUGAUGAAUUAGAAGAUGAACCUGAGGAGCCAUUUUAUAGAUACUAUGUUGAAGAAGAUGUCAGCAUUAAAAAAAGUGGUAGGAAAGCCCUAAAACCUCGGAUGUCUAUAAAUGUUGAGGAAAGAGGUGGUUUAGAAAAUAUGAGGCCUCCUACCAACAGCAGUCCAGCACAAGAGGAUACUGAAAAUGCAUCUUGUGAGCUGUGUGGACUCACGAUAACGGAGGAGGACUUGUCCUCUCAUUACUUAGCCAAACACAUUGAAAAUAUCUGCGCAUGUGGUAAAUGUGGACAAAUCCUUGUAAAGGGCAGACAGCUUCAGGAACAUGCUCAAAGAUGUGGAGAGCCUCAAGAUCUGACAAUGAAUGGGUUAGGAAAUACUGAGGAGAAAAUGGACAUGGAAGAAAAUCCUGAUGAGCAAUCUGAAAUAAGAGAUAUGUUUGUUGAAAUGUUGGAUGACUUUAGGGACAAUCACUACCAGAUAAGCAGUAUCCAAAAAAAGCAGUUGUUUAAACAUUCUACCUGUCCUUUUCGAUGUCCUAAUUGUGGCCAGCGUUUCGAAACUGAAAAUCUAGUGGUUGAACAUAUGUCUAGUUGCCUAGACCAAGAUAUGUUUAAGAGUGCCAUCAUGGAAGAAAAUGAAAGAGAUCACAGGCGAAAGCAUUUUUGUAAUCUGUGUGGAAAAGGAUUUUACCAGCGGUGUCAUUUAAGAGAACACUACACUGUUCAUACUAAGGAAAAACAGUUUGUUUGUCAAACAUGUGGAAAGCAGUUUUUAAGAGAACGUCAGUUGCGUCUGCACAAUGAUAUGCACAAAGGCAUGGCCAGUGGUGAAAUAGGGCCUUCUAACCCCCUGGAGAAGUGACAGAUCUGAAUUUGGAGAGGACAUGGGGAAGACUCAAUCUUCAUAUCAGGUCUGAAGUGGCACCAUCUUUUCUGUCUUCCUGACAAACUUCAUCAACUCUAAAAGUUCCAGUUUGCAGAAAUCCAAGAGAAUUCAAUAAAAAUUACUUUGGGAUCACUUGGUUGUAACAUAACUGAUUCACAGUGACUCUCCUAGUAUUUGUGGAAAAUCUGCUAAAGAAAAGUUAACUGUAAAAUUCAUAUGAUAUCAGUGGUUAAAGCUACACUAAAAUGAAUUUUAUAUGCUAAUUAUAUUCAAGAGUCCCUUGAGAAAUAAGAGGACUAGGCUACUGUAAAUAUGUUAUAAAGAGAGAUAAUCACAUAUCUGUAAACACAUACAAUUCCAAACUUAAAAUAACCAGAAUUAUAGCUUAUGUAUUAUGCAAUGAUUGUUAGGCAACUUAAAAUUAUACUCAAACUGUGUAGCUUAGAAUAUAAGUAAAAAUAAAUUUGUACAAUGAAACAGAUUUUAAGGCCAAUAUUUUAAUAAAAUAAUCCAUCUAUAACACUUGCCCCUCUUCCUUUUGUGCUGUAUAUUCCAGUCACAUGUUUGAUUGUUGAUAGAAAUGAAGCUCUUUUUUAAGGCUGUUAACUUAAAGGAAGAGCAUUGUUUCAACUGCUAGAUUUUCACAAAUCAUAGACACAUUUUUUUCUGAAUUUAGCAAUAUACCUUAAUUAGGUAGAAUUAAUUUUAAACAUUUACUAUCAACAGUAAUAUAUGAUGUCAUGCUUUCAGCUUUGAAUUUCAAGAUAAAAUUCAACUAAGUACUGCAUGAAAGAAUGGUUAACAUGUUCUUAAAAGCCUUUCGGAGAAAAAAAAACAGUAAUAUUUUAACCUGCUACAAAUGCUUUGCUAUAGACACACACACAAAUACAUCUUAACCAUAUGCAUCUUGUGGCCACAUUAUUUCCUUAUUGUGAAUAAACUUGUAUAUUUUUAUUUUUGUUAACUAUUCAAUUCCUUAUUCGUAUUAUUUUGUGUAGUAUCAAAAUGUUAAUAUUUUUUAAAAUGCCUAUUUUAUUUUUAUGCCUACUUCAAAUGUUUUAGAGAGCUGCACUGGGAUCUAUCUUAAGGUAUAGUGAAUACACAGAAGUUGAGUCACUUAAAAUUCUAAAUGUAAGUUAGGAUAGUAACUUGAAUAUUCACUCUAACAACUAGACUAACUGAAAAUCAAAGGAGUUACAAUGAGAUAGUGGGUGCAAGAGGGAGAAGGGAGACUUCAAAUACCAUAUGAAAUACUUUAAAAGAAAAUUCAUAGGUGUUAGGGUCUAAGGAAGUACUAGAGUUAAUCUGUUUUGGGAACUUAUAGAAUUGUAGGCUUCGUAAAAUAAAUAGGAAAUAUAUAAUAUUAUUAAAGGUACACCAAAUAGAAAUAAUUCAAUAAUAUUUUGAUUGACUAAACUAUUGAAUUAGAUUUACCAAAGAAAAGUGGCUUAAGUUUUGACUAUACUAACUAUAAAUGUAAUAAAUUACAUUAAUUAUAAAUGGUAUUAAUGCACGUAUAAUGUGGUUUUCUAUUAGUAUAAAAUGGACUUUUUGAAUUAUAAAGUAUCUUUGUUACAUUUUAAAUCUAUUGCUUUUAUCUAAUAAAAUUUCCUCCUCAAUGUU